CUAGGGUCCUCUGAGAAUGGCGGGUGAUACUCCCCUCUCAGAGGAAAAAAACGAAGGAUGAUGUUGUAUAACUGUAGCUGAAACUCGAAAUUGGGGUUGGAUCUCAGCUUCUUGUAUAGAAGCAUUAUUCUCACGUUGCUCCGUGCAUGUGAAAUUAUUACUUAAUAAAAAAAGGCAUGGUCACUUUUAGGGAAAUGUCUGAAAAACUACGAAGAUGCAGAAAGGAGCUGACUGCUGCCAUAGACCGAGCUUUUGAAGGAGUCAGGCAUUCUCAGGAGUGCACUGCCCAGCAGAGGCUGGACGUCCCGUCGCUCACUUCCCUACCGGUACACAGGCUCCUCUGCAGAAACCCACUGGCAGCUUGCCCCUCUGCUGCCCCAUGCCCUGGCACCUCAUGUGCUCCCGAGAAUGAGAACCCUGCCUUUGGGCCACACCAUAUUCCAGUUAAUGCAAAACCCCAGCCUCUAUACCCCAAAAGAAAGCCUCUGACCAGCAAAGAAAAUGUCUUGAUGCACUCCUCCAUUCUGGCACGUGAAAGACAGUUUUGGAGAGCUGCGGGAGAUGGGGAAAACUGGAGAAAAGAGAGUUUAAGGAAGGGUAUGGAGAGAGAGUUAAAAGCUGACCCACAUAUGCCGCUCAGCAGUUCUAGCCAAGAGGUCACACAGGAUCUGCUAGACAUGAUUGACCAUACAAGUAUCCGAACUAUUGAAGAACUGGCUGGAAAACUAGAAUUUGAAAACGAGUUGAACCGUGUGUGUGGACGCUGCCAGGAUUCACCCUUCAAGGAGGAAGCCUGGGCCCUGCUUGUGGAUGAGAGUCCGCAGAAGGCUUUGGAUUCUGACCCCAGUAGCCUCAAGCAGGCUUUGGAUGAUCAGAACAUUGUGGAGACUGUUCUGGACUUGGAAGAGGACUACAACUUGAUGACCUCUUUCAAAUACCAAAUAGAGUGAGGAGAGUCAGCAGCCACAGUGGUUCUCACAAGGGGUUGGCAGAGCCUGAAGCCACCCCUGUCUAAUUUCUGCUGAAUCCCAUUUUGAGCUGAGAGCCCAGGUUUUAAUAUUGUUAUUUUGAAAUGUUUGGAGUGUUUUGGACUUGACAUUUUUUAAAGUGUGUUAGAGGCU